CAGCCCGAGGUCUAUCCUUCAAGCGUACUGUCACGGUCAAGAGCCCCUCCCGCCAGCUCCUGCAGGGGCUCGACAUAUCAGCGGUAACAACACACACUCCUCGAGCGGCGACCAUGGCGGCCAGCGUAGGCGCUACUCCCAAGACCGGUACUGCUGGUUCUGCCCCGGCGGUCAGCACUGGAGGGCCUGUGCCCAUGUCUUUCCCCUCUAUCCUGCGCAACCCGGGUAUAUCAGACCGCUUCGCCCAUCUUCGUGCGGAAAUUCCGUCAGCUCAGGCUGGUGGGGCGAGUGCAGCUGCCAGGAGGAGGACUCGAGACGACAAGGAAGGCAAGCGGUGGAUAAGGCGCAAGGAGAACGCCCGCUUCACGGGCAACCCACACAUAGUCCUGGCGACGAAGAAGGACUACGCGCUCCCGCUCAACCCCAUCCAGCCCACCUUCCCCGAGCCGCUGCCGCCCUACCUCCCGCGCAACGCCCAAGUCCCCGCGGCGCCGCCGCCCAGCGCGGACCCGCUCUCCGCGAACGCGGGACGCUUUUCGCUCAGUCUCAAGGGCAUGCGGCGCGACCUGCGCAAAGCGGGCGGCCGCGCGGAGUUCCUGGUCGGCGUGGUGGAGGACGAGAUUGUUGAUUGGCUGGAGAACGGGGGCGUGAUGACCGCGGCGCAGGUCAAUGGCGAGAGGGCGCUGGAGUUUCCUGGGCGGGUCGUGGGCGAUGUGGAGAGCAUCCGGGAGGUGUCGCGCACGCCGCUGGAGCUGGUGUGGGCCAUCACCGACGACGCGUUCGCGCGGUACGUCGUGCACUGCUGCGCGCGGUACCACGAGGUUGUCAGCUUCAGCAAAGACACCUCGGGCCAGCGCCUGACGCACCUCCUGCGCCCGAACGUCACGCGCCCGGACCACACCGCGCGCGCAAGCGUCGCGACCCCGCCGGUCACGGACCUCUCCGCGUCCGACAUCUCCUCCGACUUCGAGUUCUCGCAGUCCGACCGCGAGCUCGAGUCCGACGUCGAGCGCCCCCGGCGCGGGGGGUUGGAGGCUAUCACGGAGGCCUCCGUGCCCAGCUCGCCGGCGGUCGUCCCGCUCGCGCCGAUUGUGGAUGACGGCUGGUCGGUCGUUGGCGGGGAGUCCGAUCGGGAGGGUGAGGCGGACGACUCGGGCGUGGAGGAUCUCUCCCGCCCGAUGGACGCGCUGUCGCUUGCGGGCGACCAGGACCCUGAUAGGACGCCGCUGGCCGCGUACCGCGCGUUCAGGAGCGUCACCUCCAGCUGGGCAUCGCCCGGCCACCGCGCGCGCUCGGGGUCGUCGCCGUCCCCUGCGCGCAGGGCGUCGAGGCGGGCGGCGGUGAGGAAGGUCGGGGUGCAGAAGGUUAGGAAGGAUGCAGGGACGGCGGCGGCGGGUAAGCCCAAGUCGUUCUAUGAGUAUUUGUUUGCCUGAGCGGGUGAGACGGCUGUGGCGGGUGUCUGUAUGGUGUUGGUAUCGUUAUUGAGUAGUCGUAUUGGGAUUGGCAUGUAUUUCAGAGCGGGCGACAUCCCUAGGUUUUGAGUAUACUGUUUGUAUUAGUAUCAGAUAUCCGACCGUGCCAGACGAUUGAUUCGCGUUGUACGUUAAUACUACACAUGAUGUGCAUUACCUUACGACGCAACGUCGAGCCUGAUCGGACCCCGAAGGC